AGAUCGAAAUUUUAAAAUUUGAGACAUGAAAAAGUUGUCAUUUUUUUUGGUAAUUUUUUUUCUACUUCUAAUAAAUAUGUGCAAUUGUCCAACUCUAGCACUCAAGCUAUCACUUCUGUUAUUCCUAGCCGUGACCAUAGCGAUAAUUAUCAUGGAAAUUGUAUACACCAUUACGAACUUUCAAUCCAAAACCAAUGUGUUUAUUCUAUGUCUAAACAUAUUGGCGUGCCUCAUUAUACUGGUUUUUUUGACAGUCGGAAUAUUUGGCGUUUUGAUGGAAAGGAUCAAAACAAUAAGGAUGCUGAUGUUCUCCUUGGUGGCGUUUUGCCUGAUUAGGAUGGUCAUUUGGAUAGUGUGUGGGAAUCUGGAGGAUAUUCUAACCGAAACUAUUACUCACCUAUGGUUCCAACUCAACACGGCGCUCUCAGUAACCUGUACGGUUUUGACUGUCUUGUUAUGUAUGCGGCUGCACGUGCUCUCUCAACAGAUCCAACUGGGUGAAUAGUGUAUGCUAAACAAAUAUAAUUUUAACAAUAUA